AUGUCGUCCGGCGCGAAAGGUGCGCUGGACGAAUAUACCGAUGGCGCCGACGCGGAGAAAGCAGAACUGGUGCGCUUUGAAGGGGCCGAAGCGUACUUUGCAAAACAAGCCGAGUUUCUCGAGCGGCAACGCACAGGCGCUGACGGCGCAGCGGAUUUGCUCGACGAACUCGAGCGCGAGAUCAACGUGUACCAAGAGCAGUCGUAUCUGCUGGAUCCGUACUUGGAAAAGCUGAUCGGCCCGCCAGCACAGGGACUACAAGAAUAUGUUGUACAGCAGGGUACGGCGGCGGAGCGCGGGAGGCUUUGGCGCUACUGCCGCCUGCUCUACAUCUAUACCAAAGUCCGUGGCUACAAGCUCGUGUCGCGUUUUCUUCCGCAUGAGGUGAGCGACCUGCUGCCCCUUUUGUCGCUGCUCGAAUCGUUGCAAGACGACGCGGAGCGCGAAAAACAUGUACGCUGGGAGACGCUCUAUGCACUGUUGCUUUGGCUUUCGCUCGUGGCGUUAGUCCCCUUUGCUCUUGCAGGUGACGAUGCGUCUUCCGCGUCCGACCGCAUCGAGCAUGUCGCGCGCUAUUUCCUUGCGCGGCCUGGUAAAGAACGCGACGCAUCAAGUGUCCUUCUCGGCUGCCUAUACCGCCGGCGGGACGUAGUCCGGCCGCUCUUUUCGCCUUUCUUGACAUGGGCUCAGGACCGUAUGCUGGUGACCAAGUCGCCAUUCGAGGCGACGGGUAUUCUCCAGACGUUGUGUGCCAUUGCCAAAAGCAGCGAUGCGGCAUUCGUCCUACGCCAUAUGGACGCCAUCCAACAGCUACUGAGAAUGUACGAGCCAUGGGAGAAAAAGAGCAUGCUCGUCGAUCGAUUCCGGGUCAAGCUCAUGGGCCGCCUUGCUUUGCAGCUCUUGGCCGGCAAUCCGGACGAUGAGCGUGUAGACGACAUGGUUGAUGCGCUCCUCUCUGCGCUUGGGCAUGCGGACUCGCGUGUACGUUUUAGCGCCGCAAAAGGCCUCGCGCGCGUCGCGGCGAAGCUCCCGGAAGAUUUACGUGCGCAAAUUAUCGAGGCGCUGCUCGAGCAGCUUACCGAGCAUGUGCGCCUCGGUGAUAUCCCUCCUGCUGCGCUCAUGCCAGGGCUACCUGAAACAUUCGAUGCUGCUACUGUUCCUCCCCUGGAUGCUUUGGACUUGUACGCCGUAUCCGACUGUACGUGGCACGGCGUCUUUUUGGCCUUGGCAGAGUGCACUCGCCGUGCACUGAUCCCCACCUCGCUCCUUUGCCGUACUCUCUACUGGGUCCUGCGUGGGCUGCUGUUUGACCUGCGACGUGGCGCAAGCUCGGUCGGGAGCAACGUCCGCGACGCGUGCUGCUACGUGCUCUGGGCGAUGGCGCGCGUCCGGCAUAUUGAUACCCUUGCUCCAUGUGCACUCAGCGUUGCACAGCGCCUGCUUGUCGUUGCGACACUCGAUCGCGACGUAUCGAUUCGUCGUGCAGCCAGUGCAGCCUUCCAAGAGUGGGUCGGACGUACGCCCCACAUUCCGCACGGCAUUGCUGUCCUGCGCGAAACCGACUUUGCGGCUGUCGGUGUGCGCCGCAAUGCGUACACGGUGUGUGCACCUCGUAUUGCGCAGUAUUCCGAAUAUCGAUCCGCGCUGCUGGGCCAUCUGCAGCGGAUCUGCCUGUCGUACUGGGACGCGGAUGUGCGAAAACUCGGUGCACUGGCCUUUGGCCAGACUCUUCCCCUGGAGGGCUCUGCGCACGAGGCCGUCGUCCAGCUCGUUGCAGCGACGCAGACGUCUGACCCCAACGUCGUUCAUGGUGCUUUGAUGGCACUCGUGUCUGUGUGCAAUCACAUUACCAAUCCAGCACUGGCACAAGUGGCGCUUUCUGGAGCACUGCAUAUCCCACCCCGACUCUUUUCCACACCCGGCGGCGCCAUGGUCCUCGAGGCGGCGUGCCUCGUCGUGGCAGCUGCUUCAGCCCAGCAAGCACGCCACGAGGCAGUACUUAAGCUGCUCACGACAGCCACGGCGCGUACCGAGCCGAGCAUUCACGAGGCAGCUGCGUGUGCCGUCGAAGCGCUGGGCGACGAUGCCGUUGUGCAUACCCUCUUUUCGCGCAUGCUCGACGCGUGGACCACAUCCACGCCAGACGAGCAGCGUGCAGGCGUACUGGCGCUGGGUUCGACGUGCUCGCUCCUGCUCCCUGAGCGACGUGCACUGCUCUGCGAUGCGGUCCAACACGGCGUCGAUGUCGAGACGCGGCGCAAUGCAGCCGCUGCGCUGCCGCACCUACUGCGCUCCUCUUUGGACGAAUACGAGUCUCUACUUGCAGCCCUAGUGCACGGGCUGGACGAUUAUACCACCGACCAGCGCGGCGACGUUGGGUCAUGGUCCCUGCGCACGGCCCUCUUGGCGCUGCAUGCGAAGCAGGUCGAGCCGGAGAACCUUGCCUGCAUUGCGCAGGCGCUUAGUGCUGGCCUGGCUGAGCGCAUUGACUCGGUGCGCAGCACGGCGUGCCUUGUCCUGGCCGACCUCGCGAGCGUGUUACCUCUUCCUGCGCAGGCUGCGCUCCAAACUGCGCUCGAUGCGCCGGAGGCGACGUUCCGCGACGCGCACACCGCCUUUCCGCGCAUCAUUCCCCUACUGUGCCAAGACGCGUACCGUGCAUCGCUCCUGCCGAUGCUUGCGCGUACAAUUGGGAGCCGCUCCGAGACAGCACUCCGCGACGCCGGGCGUGCGCUCGUCGACUGGUCCGUGCAAGCCAGCGAUGCGGACGUGUGUGCCAUCUUUUGCGAGCUGGCCUCGCUUGGAGCGCGUCAUGUGCGCGAUAACCGCGUGUUUGUCCCAUUGAUGCAGACAGUCCAGCACAUGCUCGAGUGGGAUGUCGCCCAGCGGUCCUACCCCCCUCUGUACCCUGUUCUUGCCCGGCUUCUGCGGCUUGCUACGGCGCACAUUGGCACGCUCAAGAGUGUGCCGCGGCUCUUGGCCGGUAUGCACAUCACGGUGCAAUCGCUGCGCCACCCUGCGCUCCGAGAGGCUGCGCUCGAGCCGAUCUCCCGAUUUCUCGCGCACCGUUUCCCUACGGUGCGCAUGAGCACAAGUGAGCAGAUUCUCUUUCUCCUACAAGCCGAGGGGCUUGUGGAUGAGUCACUAGAGGAAUGUCUACUGAAUACGGCAUGGUUCUAG